GUUGCUGUCCCCUUCUUUAUGCGUCACAAGGUGGCCUACGGCUACCGUGAGGAUCAGCAGUGCUGCGUUCUCAACUGCUGGUCCGUGCAUCAAGGCCAGCAGUUUCGGGACCUCGUUUGCUGCAGGUGGCCAUGGAUACGGCUUUGCUAUGUUCCCGGAGGCUGUACUGGCAACUUCCAGCCAUGCAAUGUGGUGAUGCAAUAUUCCUACAAGCACUCAAUCAAGAGAUCUCAACUUUGUGACACCGUGAAUGACGCGCUCGAACAUCUGCAGGUCCAUGCUGAUUCUGCUUGCAUCAAGAUUGACACCCGCAUUUCCAUGCUUCGUGACUGA